AGUCCAUCACAGCGCUGGAGACAAAACGCAUCAUGCUGGCAGAUGUCUUCCGGCAGGAGCUGGACAUUUCGAGCAGAAUAACGCUUCUGAGAUUAAGAUCCCAGAAACAUUUGGACGCAGACCUCUGAACAGAAAAAUGCAUGAUCCAUGAUGAACUGGGAUGUGGUGGUUCAUCUGUUCCUAUAAUAUUGCUCUAAAAUAAUGGCUUGCAGGGCUGGAUGCUGCUGCAACAGCAUCAGUAACAUAAAUGAAGAUAAUGCAAGAUUUCUCAUGUUGGCUUUGCUAAUCAUCAUCUACCUGUUAUGCGGGGCAGCGGUGUUUUCAGCGCUGGAGCAUCCGAAGGAGAAGCUCGCCAAGGAGAGAUGGGCUCAGAGGAUCGAGCAGUUCACCCACAAGUACAACCUGAGUCAAGACGACCUGAAGAACUUCCUGAGGAACUACGAGGAAGCCAAUGUGGCGGGAAUCCGUGUGGACGCGACCAGACCGCGAUGGGAUUUCGCGGGAGCUUUUUAUUUUGUCGGAACUGUGGUUUCAACUAUCGGUUUUGGGAUGACGACACCCGUCACUAUUGCCGGAAAGAUAUUCCUGAUCUUUUAUGGGCUUAUUGGUUGUGCUGCCACCAUUUUGUUUUUUAACCUCUUCCUGGAACGUGUCAUCACCGUGAUCGCAUUCGUUCUGAAGUUCUGCCACGAGCGCAGAGAACGCCGCAAAGCCGGUCCGGCUCAAAACUGCCACCGUCCCUCCGCUGGCAACAGAGAGAGGCGUACGGACAGCUUGGCCGGCUGGAAACCUUCGGUGUACUGUGUAAUGCUCAUCUUGGGAGUCGCCGCCAUCUUGGUCUCCUGCUGCGCGUCCGCCAUGUAUUCUGCAGCCGAGGGUUGGGACUAUCUGGACGCCCUCUAUUUCUGUUUCGUGGCUUUCAGCACCAUUGGUUUCGGGGAUAUGGUGAGCAACCAGCGUGAGAUGUACAAGGCUCAGGUGGCCUACAGGGUGGGCAAUUUCCUUUUCAUUCUAACUGGGGUGUGUUGCAUCUACUCGCUGUUCAACGUCAUUUCCAUCGUGAUCAAGCAAGUUCUCAACUGGCUUCUGCGGAGGCUGGAGACUCCCUGCCGCUGCCCAGCCCGAGCGAACCGCCAUACUCGGAGGAACGUGGUCGUCCCGGGCCACAUGAGACCCCGGCGUGAAAACUCCAUCGAGACUGACGCAGUCAAUGAUAGCGAGGCGGAUGGACGGCGGAUGUCUGGAGAGAUGAUCUCCAUGAAAGACUUUCUGGCUGCUAAUAAAGUUAAUCUGGCUAUUAUGCAGAAGCAGCUGUCAGAGAUGGCUAACGGACAUCCUCGCCAGUUAGGGAGCAGCUCACGCCACAAUGAGUUCUCCGGAGGGGUCGGAGCCCUGGGAAUCAUGAACAACCGACUGGCAGAGACAAGUGUAGAUAGAUAAAUCCAGUAUUUAGAAAUGUGAAGUAACCAGAGGACAUCCACAGGGGGGACCUAUAAUGCCCCUUUUCACGAGAUGUAAUAUAAGUCUUUGGUGUCCCCAGAAUGUGUCUGUUUUCAGCUCAAGUUUCAGCUCAAAAUACCCCACAAAUAAUUUAUUAUAACUUGUCAAAUUUGCCCCUAUUUGGGUGUGAGCAAAAACACGCCAUUUUUGUGUGUGUCCCUGCUGCUCCCUGCCCCUUUUCCAGAAGAGGGCGGAGCUUUAACAGCUCGAGCUUCGGUUGCUCAACAACAACAAAAGCUGGAGAAUCUUAUGCAGCCAAAAUGACGACUGUCAGUAGUGGUGUUCAACCUUACAUUGUUCAAACCGAGGUUGGACACUGAUGGAGAGACUCAGGAAGAAGCUACAACUUUUAGAAUGCAUCUGGAUGUUUCUGAAUGGUUAGUGGAUAAAUUUAUGUAGUUGCUGUGGGGUUGAUUCAACUCAUCAACUAGCAUGUGGCGUCAAUGUUAAUCUUUUGUGCAAAUCCAGCGUAGAAUUGACCCCUCGUUGGUGAAGCAGUCCGGCGCAAAAUGACUGCGUGAACGCAUUUGCACCAUAUGUCGGCGCACUAACCACUAGGCUAUCGGCGCUGACCUGUUGGACUAGUUUUAAAUGUGUGUUCCACGCGUCGGCUCACGUCGGGCUCAUGUCUGCGGCAGUUUGCCCGAUUCAGCAUGUUGAAUCGGUGACGGGGCCGCUGGUGAGAGUGGGAACUCUGAUUGGAUCAGUUUUUCAGAAACGAGUCAGUGCUUGAGAAUUAAAGCGAAAAUGAUGAAAGAGAGCAAGUAAGUCAAGACGGCACAGACAGAAGUUAAUGUUAUGUUAUCCCACCAGAGAAUUCCAAAGCGCCAGUAUUUUCAUUACAACAUGAGACGCUUAAAAUGAAGAAAGUUAUCAACAUAACUGAUAUUCAAAAUGGUAAGCAAGCACUGCUUUGUUUACGUUUCGUAUAUCUAAGUAUAUCUCGUAUAUCCUUGUUUUGGUUUCUCAUUUUGAAUGACGAAUGUAGACUAUUGAUACCUGCUGAUAUAGACAGUUAAUUCGGUACACGCUGGUGCAGAACACACAUCCUAGUUUGCAGUCGGUUGUAGUGUGUGCUGUGUGCGCAUGUGCAGUUUUUUGUUCCAGACGCAGCCGACAGGAGGUGACAACACCUUCGGUUUUCGUCGCUGCUAGUUCUUUGCCAUCGGCUCGGUGUGUCCCGGGCUUAAGAAAAAUGGUUCUUUUAAGAACUGUUCACUCAAAGAUGGCAUUGCUGCAGGAACCCCCUCUUGGAACCUUUAUUUUUUUAAGAGUCUAUUGUCAAUAGCAUAGAGAUGUAUGAAGCACAGCACACACAGAAGUCACUUUCAAACCAUGCAGCUUUCUGUUGGUCAACAUGGUGAAUUCAGUGCGAAUGCAGUGCGAAAUCUGUUUGGGAAAAUCUUUUGCCCUCACGUAAAAUUCUCGAUCGUGUGGAUUCCUGUUAAAAUGACUAGAUUUUGCCCAUAAAAAUUCGCCUAACAACAGUAAAUGUGACCACACCUUAACUCUUAUCCUUUGGGUCUCAUUCACUAAUAAUUGUGUACAUAUGCUCUUUGGUAAAAGUUUCUCAUGCAAAAUGUAUGGUGGACUCACAAAAUGUGUGUAAUGUGUAUGCAGAUUAAAUGUGUCUUAAAGGAACACUCCACUUUUUUUGAAAAUAGGCUCAUUUUCCAACUCCCCUAGAGGUAAACAGUUGAGUUUUACCGUUUUCGAAUCCAUUCAGCCGAUCUCCGGGUCUGGCGGUACCACUUUUAGCAUAGCUUAGCAUAGUUCAUUGAAUCUGAUUAGACCGUUAGCAUCUCGUUAAAAAAUGACCAAAGAGUUUCAAUAUUUUUCCUAUUUAAAACAUGACUCUUCUGUAGUUACAUCGUGUACUAAGACCGACGGAAACGAGAUGCUAACGGUCUAAUCAGAUUCAAUGAACUAUGCUAAGCUAUGCUAAAAGUGGUACCGCCAGACCCGGAGAUCGGCUGAAUGGAUUCGAAAACGGUAAAACUCAACUGUUUAACUCUAGGGGAGCUGGAAAAUGAGCCUAUUUUCAAAAAAAGUGGAGUGUUCCUUUAAAAGGCCAUAUUAUGCUCUUUGAUUUUGUUUCUGGGGUCUACUAAUUUCCGAAAAGCGCAGUGUGCUCUGAUUGGUCAACUGGAACAGUGUGUUGUGAUUGGUCAACCACUUUGAGUGUGUUUCAGAAAUGUCACGCCAUAACACUACUUAGUAACUUUGCAGACCUUUUUUUAUGCUCAAACAGCAACAUUACAUACUAAAGAAAGAUGAAAAUGUAAAAAAGCAUAAUAGGUCCUCUUUUAUGUUGAUGAAUAUGGAUUAUAUGAAACAAGGGAGCACAGGUACAAAGCUAGUGAUUUGAAUAAUACACGUCCAAACAUUUCCAUAUAAGGAUGAAUGACCUUUAGAAUGAUUUCUGAAGGAUCAUGUUACACUGAAGACUCGAGUAAUGAUGCUGAAAAUUGAACUGUAAUAUUGUUUCACAUGAGAUAUCUGAGGCCACCAGGAGGAGUCUGUGGUUUUUGCACGUGUGCUUAAAUCCUAAAGUGCAAACUUUUUGAUCAAUCAUGAUUUUUGAGUGAGAAUGAUUGCACAGUUAGUGAAUAAGACCCAUUGUGAACAAAAUAAUUUAUUGCUGCUGAUUUUGGACUUGAGGAUAUUCGAGCUGCUGUGCUGUUCAUCAUCUUUCAUACAAACUUCUCUAAUUGAGUCACUGUAAACUUGUAGAGUUCAUUCAUUUGAAAACAAAUGUGUAAAAAUGGAUGCCCUUAGUUUUCUUGCAUAUUUCUGCACUGUCACAGUAUGCUAAUAUGUUCAUUAUAUCUAACGUUAAAGGGGAAGUGUGACAUUUAUGCAUUGGUAGAUCGAUGGAGUAUACGUGGGAAAUGAAUCAUUUGCUCUCAUUGCAUCAGUUGUACUUAGAAUACGUUUCUAUGAGAACUUUUCUACGAAUAGGAUAGACAGUCCAUGAAAUCUGCAUGAAUAAUGUCUUAAUUCAUUAAGGCAAAGACAUCUUGAACUUUGUGUCUUCCUCAUCACACUACACUCGCAAGUAGAAGCAAAGUCGUAUCAUAUUUACUGUCCUAUUCUAUUUGCUUCACAGAUUGACGCGAAAGGACAUAUAAAUAAUGAAUACAAAUCAAAAACAGUUUGUGACACAUUA